CCUACGCCUCACCUUGUUCCGGGUUGAUUUUUUCCCCUACCUCGUUGCUUCCUUGCACUUGUACUUUCUUGGGACGGGAACUGUGCAUAUCUCUACAGCCAAGAUGAAGGCCACCACCACAAAGAUCUUGCUUCUUCUGUUGGCUGCAUUCCCUCUCCUGGAGGCAAACGAUCCUACAGAUCCAAACAGCCCCUUCUAUUAUGACUGGCGCUCGCUUCGUAUCGGCGGUUUGGUCUUCGCCGGUAUCCUCUGUUUUCUGGGAAUUGUCAUCCUGCUGAGUGGAAAGUGCAAAUGUAAACCUAAGAAAAGAAGCAGCACCCAAGUCAGCGUGGCACCAAAGCAACCCCUUACAGGAGAUGCCAGUGAAUGCUGAACCAAGACAAUUUCUGCUCUUGCUAAUAUACCAUUGCUGCCUUGUGUCUGUCAAAUGGCUCCUUUCUACUGUUGGCAACAGGCUAUGUUCUUCUUUUCCCAUGUUGUUUUAGGCCAUCGUAUUUGUGUCCUGGAUUUUUUUUAAAAAAUGUAAUUAAAUGUUGCUGCGUUUCUCAAAUAAAUUGUCUCCAGCCGU